AUGCCCUACCUGAGUAGUGCAUUGAAACCAUCUCCUCCCUUCUUCGGGAUCACCCCAGGAUCUUUGGCCAAGCCAUUGGGAUGGAUCGAACUACCCGUCACCUUUGGUUCGUCAAACAAUUUCAAGACUGAGAUGGUCAUGUUUGAUGUGGUAGACUUUGGGACCACAUACAACGCGAUCUUGGGUCAACCGGCACUAGCCCAGUUCAUGAUCGUCUCCCACUCUAUGUACCAGGUGAUCAAGAUCCUUGGUCCCAAGGGAGUCACUACCAUAGUUGGCAACAAAAAGACGGUCCUGCACUACGACAAGAGGAGCCUCGUUAGGGUUGAGCUGGCUCUCGAGUCGCAGCCUGAGAAGUAUGCCUAA